UAGUGCAACCAAUCGACAGCAUGUUCUGGUUUUGGAUUUUAGUUGCGACUUUCCUGGUGCCGCCAAAUCCUACGGGUGCCCAGCAAGGCCGAAUCAUCAACGGGGAAGAUGCCGAGUAUGGGCAGUUUCCCUACCAGGUCAUGUUGAUCAUACAAAUGGCCGAAGGACGAGCGCUGUGUGGUGGAAGUUUGCUGAGUGAAGAGUGGGUUCUGACUGCCGGGCAUUGCGUCGAUAAUGCCACCUCCUUCCAGGUGACCAUGGGGAAUCUUUAUCUAAAACCCGACGGAGGACACGAAGAAGGGGCGAUUGUGAUGAAUACGACCGAGUACUACCAGCACGAGAAUUAUAGCAGCUCAACGGCUCAGAACGAUAUCGCCGUGAUACGAUUGCCGGAGAAGGUUGAGUACAGCUAUCGGAUUGGUCCGGUAAAACUUCCGAGCGGCCAUGACGAUUAUAAUCAGCGGGAAACCAUCGUCAGCGGUUGGGGAAAGGAGACGGAUUUCGGUGGGGCCGCUCAGAGGCUUCAGUACACGAAUCUUACCGUCAUUAGCAAUACCCGGUGCAGUAUGUUGUACGGCCCAGGGAUCAUUCAGCCGACCAUCUUGUGCUGCCAGGGCGAGCAACGGAAGUCCACCUGCAACGGAGAUUCCGGAGGGCCACUCGUGCUAGCCGAUGACCGAACGCUGGUGGGCAUCGUAAGCUUCGGGCACAUCAUCGGAUGCGAACGCCGGCUGCCAAUGGGUUUCACCCGGGUCACGGAAUUCACCGAUUGGAUCACUACGAUCACCGGAGUGAAGAGUUCAUCGUCUGGCGAAGGAGAGGCCGGGGAAAAACCGGGCGAGGAACCUAGCCCAAAAAGACCGUGGCAAUCACUUUUUGGGUAAAUUAUGAGGAAAGUUGCACAAUUUUGAUUAUUAACGCGCCAGCACUAAAGUUAACUUCGGAAGUCCGGACUUCCGACAAAGAAAAGUGAAUUACUAGAUUGUCGAAAGUCUGUGUUUUGUUGCCAGUUCACCAGCUACGUUUAUAAAAAUCCAGGAAAAUGUGAUGCACAUCAAUUAUCGGUAAACAUAUUGCACCUACAUCUGCACCGUCUUCUUACCGGAAACGGUCAACAUUCUUUCUCAUUUGCACUUAUCUCUUGUACCGUGUAAAGUGAUUUUUUUUAAUGAUUCAUAUUGGAUGCUUUUUUUUAAAUAUAUAUGAAAAAACAAAAAAAAGAUACACAUAAGAAGAGGAGUACCGAAUAGUGAUAUUUGGCCAACGGUGGCAACGGGAACGGCUGAAUAUUCAAUUCAAUCAUUCAAUCAAUUAUUCGGUAAAACGAAUAUUCAGUCGAAAAUUCUGUCGAACAUUAACGAAUAAAACAAAACUAUUAUUUCAGUUUCCAUCUAUUUUUAAUCUAUAUGCCGCUUAUGUUUUUCAGUCGAUUAUUUUCAACCAGUAUGCACACACUUUGCUUGGAGCUGAGGAGAAACUUUUUAAAUUCAACAUUGUACUUGGUAAUUUUCUUCGUCGGUCAUGUCCGCUCUGCGUCGAGGAUUCGU